AUGGUUAACGGCUUCAAACCGAGACGAUCUAAUAGACUGAAACAUUUGCCGAAAGUUGAUUACUGCGAGAACAAGACGGCGGAUGGAAAACGAAAAAGGGGAGCAUUAGACGACGAAGACGAGUAUACGCCGUCCCGCGAAGGCACGCCGGAGAACCAGAAGACUGCAACACACGCGCCGGAGAAUCAGAGGAGUCCA